AUGGCUAUUUCCACCAAACAUCCACAUUUGUUCAACCAUAUUAGGACUUUUGUAAGUGCAAAGGUCAAAUGGGUCCGAGACCCAUAUCUUGAUAAUGCAGUCCUGAAAGAGAAAGAUCUCAAACAGAUAAUUUCCCUCAAGAACCAAAUCAUUUCAUCUCCUUCCAAAUCCCUCUCCAUCUAUACUGCUUCUCAACUAAAAGCUUCCCACAACCUUCCCACUACGACUACCAAAUUCAUUGAUAAAUACGGUUGUGUCUUCACACAAUUCCAACCUGGUCCUGGUCUUCCUCCUGUUGUCAAGCUCACUCCUCAAGCCUUUUCCCUCCACAAAGAAGAAAUGGCUGUUCAUAACUCUCCCACUAAUCGCAAAGACACUGUUCAGAGACUUGCAAGGCUUCUAAUGCUUGCUGGCAUGGGAAAAUUGCCUCUUUAUGUAAUUGAGAAGUUAAAGUGGGAUAUGGGUCUUCCUCAUGAUUAUGUGACGAAUCUUUUGGCUGAUUACCCUGAUUAUUUUGAUGUUUGUGUUGUGGAAGAUCCGUCAUCUGGAAAAGAAUUGCUUGCUUUAGACCUUGUUUCAUGGAGAAAAGAGCUUUCUGUGUCGGAGUUAGAAAAGAGGGCAAUGAGCUUGGGCUUUAGUGGAGAUAAAAGAAGGCAUGAUAUUGCAUUUCCCAUAUUUUUGCCGAAAGGUUUUGAUUUAGCGAAGAGGGUAAAGACUUGGGUUGAGAAUUGGCAAAAGUUGCCAUACGUUUCUCCAUAUGAAGACGCAUUUCAUCUCGACUCAAAUAGUGACCAAGCAGAGAAAUGGACUGUGGCAAUAUUGCAUGAGUUGCUUUCUCUUCUUGUGUCAAAGAAGACAGAAAGAGAAAAUUUGAUUUGUUUUGGAGAGUGUUUGGGAUUGGCCUUGAGAUUUAAGAAGGCUUUGGUUCAUCAUCCUGGCAUAUUUUACAUUUCAAAUAAGAUUAGAACUCAGACUGUUGUACUUAGAGAGGCCUAUUGUAAGGAUAUUUUGGUUAAGAAACAUCCAGUGGUGGGAUCUGUGAUGGUCAAUGGGCUGGUCCCGGCCAUCAUGGAGUUGCACAAAAACUCAAAAAUGGAAGAACCUCACAAGCAACUAAACAAAAAAUUUGAUCAUCUGGUUCUUGGGCCUGUUGCUGGACAAGGCUUGUCAAAUCGUUUGCAAUGCCGAGUGGAUCAAAACUUGUGGGCCUACGCGGCCCACUACGGGUUUGCGCCAGCUACGCUGGAAAAUUAA